UUGGGGUUUGUAGACUUUUCCCUGUGUAGAGAUCUAUAAAAUGCCUAUUGUAUCCAACAAACGUCUUUAAUGUUCAUUUUUCGUCAUCUAGAAUGGGAAUUCAGUGGAAAAACGAGCUUAGAAGCCCAUUUCCAUUCAAGUUCGUCACACAAUGAAGAGUAGGGUUGGGCUAUGACCAAGCCGCCCGCCAUUACGAGUCAACUCAACUGACUGGAGAGAUGGACAAAAUGGCCGCCAACUGUCACUCCCCGCCCUUCCCCCAGACUCGCUUCUCGGGAAAACAGAAACCUCGCUAUGGCGGGAAAUGGACGGGUCCAACAGGCACUGCUCUGGGGGUUGGGCUCGCUAAAAGAAAUCGCGCGUCUAUCGCCGCCAGAUUCCUCGUUUCUUAUUGACUUGUGUUUUGCCAAACGCGUCGAACAAACCAAGAUGGCAGCCAAGAAAACAAGGCACAACCUCGUUCUGGCUAUGACUAAUGGGUUGGCUGUGGACACCUCCCCCCGGCACCAGCUGCCUUCCUGCCCCACCCCCUCCUUUAGACAUUUUUUUCCCCGCUGCGGAUGCACAGAGCUGCACGUAGUCCAUGUCAAGACGAAAAUAUCUUGCUGCCUCCGCUGGCCGGAACUAUUUUACCCCUGUCCUGUCGCAGUAUUACGCCUAGCACCGCACUUCGACAUCGCCUGUGUGUUUUACACGUCGCUACUUGAUAGGCGGAGUUGGGGCGUGUCUUGGAGCGUACGCGUGUAGUGUUUGUCCGCCUCUCCUGCAUAGUAGUGUCCUGGACCGGAGCUAGAGAGGCUGAAAGGGACGACAAUAGAUCGGACAGCGGUCGUCUAAACCCCGCCGGAGCCGCUAAGGCUCCCGUUGGCUGCCAUAUCGAUUACCGGCGCAUGACAGAGCGACUUCAAACGGCUUCACCAUGAUGGUGCUAAUGCAUCAGGAGAGCAUCCACGUGCUUGUGGGGCAAAAAUUUACCUGCGUGCUGGGGAGCGGCCUGGACCUGGAUAUCAGACACAUAGACGACUGGCCAUGGAAGAACGGCGUCAUCCGAGCCGCGUCCCACAAGGAUAUCAACUGUACUGAGCUCAAGGUUUGUGUGGAGUUUGACUAUGAGCCCUGGGAGAAAAGAACAUGGAUUGAGUUGCACGGCCCCCAAGUCCAGUUGUUUCUGGUGGAACACAGCCUGGCAAUUGCCGACCGCAAAUGUCCCAGUAACCCUUCUAUGUCUGUACUGUGCCCGGCCAUGCAAUAUAAAGUAAUGGUGUCAAAGACAUCCAUGGAGCCCAUGACGUGUAUACAGUUUCUUGGAGAUAAACAUAAAGUUUUCAUGAAUCAGGAUGUGGUGAAGGCUUUACGGGAUCGAGAGAGUUUGAAGCAAUUUAUGCAGGGAAACAGAACAUUUAACAAGGCCUUUCAGGAGCUCAUCAGAAAAAGUGUGGAUGAGAGUCGUAUACUGCAAGGUGCCAAGAAUUUAGUUGGGUCAUCUAUAAGAGUAUAUAGUAUGAGUGAAGGCUAUCAGUGGUUCAAUGCCUCAGUGGUGAAUGCGAGUGCUACUACCCGGACCCUGCAGAUUAAAUGUGAACAGGUUCCCAGUCUAAAGAUAAUAGAUCCAGCUCUGAUACAUGUUGAACUUGUGCAUAACUAUUCUGAUACUUCUGUUCACAUCACGAGACCUUUGAAGCGGCCCAGUUCAGAAACGCCAGUAAAAAGGAGUGCAAAACAGAAAAGAGGGAGGCCAUCAACAAAGCGACCAGUUCAGAAGCCGAGCUUCAUUACCUACUCCAGGGAUGAUGGAAAGACGUUGGUAGUGGUGGACAACCCCAAGUCCUCAGGGAACUCUCGUAUGAAUUUCGUGAAAAAAACAGAUGGUGGAAAAGCGGAUCAAAUGACUGCUCAAAACCUGACAACUAAGCAGUCUGUGCCCGUUGGAUAUGGAGAAGCAUUGCUGGGAUGUACUGCCACUACGCCUUCCAGCCAAAACCAGACCUCCCGUGCAACUCCACCCCAAGCAAAUUCUCCUCCAAGCUUUGGUGCUGCAACACCUCCAGGGAAAGGUUCUCAAAACCUACCGAGUGAAACAUCCUCCAUUCUUAAUGGUGACGGAAAAGAAGAGCAGAAUAACUUAUUUCUCAGUGCUGCAAAGUCACAAAGCAAAGGGUCAGGAACUGGCCCUUUCUCAUCAGGUGCAGGCUUCUCCUCCUGGGCUGAUCAGGACGAUGGACCUAAAGCCGAAAACAUCUUUGCUGCCUUUGCAAAAUCCACAACUGUGUUCCCAAAGGGCUUUGAGUUUUCCGUGGAACGUUUUCCUGACAAAAACACCUUGAAGGUGAAAGACUCUCCACGGUUGGGAAGUUCUGGGGCUUGUAAAAACUUAUCGCUGCAACCACCGAGCGCAUUUGGCAAAUCUUCAGCAACCGAGACCAAACCUGCUGCUCACCUGCUAUCCAUAAAAAAUGAAUUAAAGUCAAAAUCACUACACAUUCCUGUUCAGAAGUCCAUAAAAAGGGAAAUUAGUCCCCACAAGAGCCCAAGUAAAAGCGAUGGUGUCACAUACCCCAGAUCUAUAUUGCUGGACCCACUGAAGCUGAAAAGGCUCCAAUCAAGUGGUGAUUGCUUUGUACAGGAUGGCUCUUGUAAUGACAUUGCUCCACAUUUACACAAGUGUAGAGAAUGCCGCCUGGAUCGUUUUGGACGGAGCAAGGAACAGCGGGAUGCUGCAGUCUUCUGCCGCUUCUUUCACUUUAGGAGGUUGCACUUCAAUAAGCACGGAUUUCUGCGGGAAGGAGGCUUUUUGACUCCUAAUAAAUAUGAUGCUGAAGCAAUAAACCUGUGGCUUCCUCUAGUGAACAGUGUUGUGGAUUUGGACCUUGACACAGCCAAAUACAUCGUGGCAAACAUCGGAGACCACUUUUGCAAGCUUGUAAUGUCUGAAAAGGAGGUUAUGGCAUCUGUCGAUCCACAAAAACCAGUGGCCUGGAAACGCGCCGUGCGUGGUGUACGGGAAAUGUGUGAUGUGUGUGACACAACCAUCUUUAAUCUCCAUUGGGUGUGUCCUAAAUGUGGCUUUGGGGUGUGUGUAGACUGUCAUCGGAUGAAAAAGAAGAGUAUGAACAGUGAAAAUGAUGGAGCAGAGUCGUUCUCCUGGCUGAAGUGUGCAAAAGGGCAGUUACAUGAGCCUGACAAUCUAAUGCCCACCCAGAUUGUACCAGGGAAAGCUCUAUAUGAUGUCGGAGAUGUUGUCCACUCUGUAAGGGGAAAAUGGGGGAUAAAGUCAAAUUGCCUGUGUUCCAACAAGCACCAAAAGCCUUUACCUAGACCAGUUAUAAAGGAAGAGCCCAAACAGAGUUCUUCUAGUCCUGAACCCCCAAAUGUAUCCCUUCAGCCAAGCAAGGUACCAACCCAGGAUCCGUUAUUGGAUAGUAGCAAAAUUCCUUCAUCCUCUGUCUCUGGGCCUUUAAGUUGGCUAACAAAUCUUCCCAACACAAACGUGAACAAGGAGAACAAAGAUAAUAUCUUCACAUCCGCCUUGAAAACUGAAAACAAAGCACUACCCUCUUUUGCUAGUUUUGGAAAGCCAGCGUCCGCCUUGCACCCGUUCAGUAGCUCCAUUCUUUCCCCUAUGAGCAGUAACUCCUCGGGGUUUCUAAGGAACCUCCUCAAUUCUUCAAGCACAAAGCCUGAGGGUGGUGAGAAGAGCACGCCCAAACUGCUGGAUGACAUCUUUGCCUCUUUGGUUCAAACCAAGCCGCCUGUGACUGAUCCUGUAAAUAAGCCUCAAGGACUCGCUGUUCAGCCCAGUUUGAUGGGAUUCAAUACACCACACUACUGGCUCUGUGACAAUAGGUUGCUUUGUCUGCAAGAUCCUAGCAAUAAGAGCAACUGGAAUGUCUUCCGUGAAUGUUGGAAACAAGGACAGCCUGUCAUGGUAUCUGGAAUCCACAAUAAAUUGAAUAUUGAUCUGUGGAGACCUGAAUCUUUUAGAGAUGAAUUUGGGGAUCAAGAAGCUGACCUGGUGAAUUGUAGGACGAAUGACAUAAUCACAGGAGCCACAGUUGGCGAUUUCUGGGACGGUUUUGAAGACCUAUCCAGACGACUUAAAAAUGAUGCUGGAGAACCAAUGGUGCUGAAACUGAAGGACUGGCCGCCUGGUGAAGAUUUCAGAGAUAUGAUGCCAUCUCGGUUUGAGGAUUUAAUGAACAAUAUUCCACUGCCUGAGUACACGCGGAGGGAGGGGAAGCUAAAUCUUGCCGCUCGUCUUCCUACAUACUUUGUCCGCCCGGACUUGGGACCUAAAAUGUACAAUGCUUACGGUUUAAUUACUCCAGAGGACCGGAAAUUUGGUACAACAAAUCUUCACCUGGAUAUAUCUGAUGCUGCUAAUGUCAUGGUCUAUGUAGGGAUUCCGAAAGAUGAAGGGGAUCAAGAGCAAGAAGUGCUGAGGACCUUACAAGAUGGUGAUGCAGAUGAAUUGACCAUAAAGCGAAUGGUGGAAUUUCGGGAGAAGGCUGGAGCUUUGUGGCAUAUCUUUGCAGCAAAGGACACUGAGAAAAUCCGACAAUUCUUGAAAAAGGUAGCAGAAGAGCAAGGCCAAGAGAACCCUGCAGAUCAUGAUCCCAUCCAUGAUCAGAGUUGGUAUCUGGACAGUACAUUAAGGAAGAGACUUCUCCAAGAACAUGGGGUUCAGGGCUGGGCCAUUGUACAGUUCUUGGGAGAUGCUGUCUUCAUUCCGGCUGGAGCCCCUCAUCAGGUUCACAACUUGUACAGCUGCAUAAAAGUAGCUGAGGACUUUGUAUCUCCGGAACACGUGAAGCAUUGCUUCUGGCUGACUCAGGAAUUCCGCUAUCUCUCCCAUACACAUACAAACCAUGAGGACAAGCUUCAGGUGAAGAAUGUGAUCUACCAUGCAGUGAAGGAUGCAGUUGCAGUACUGAAAGCUAAUGAAGCGAGUAUAGGGAAGGUUUAACACUGACGCAUGGAUUCAUUGAAUAGACUUCCACUGGCAGCUUUCUCUGCCCCUUCUACCCCCAUCACUAGCUCAAUGAACGUUACCUCGUACACAACAUGAACUUUUAUAGGAGAUGUUUACAACCCCUGGGAUCGAGGACUAUGUUCACCACGACUCUCCAGAGCUGCAUUGUCCUAACUACUACUAACUCCUCUUUUUAGAGGUGCCAUACUCUAUAUACCAUUUGAUGAAAAACCAAAACUUUUUUUAGACUGUACAAAAUAUACCUCUUGUUUUUGGAGACCCUCUGAAAACAUUGUGUAAAUCUGAUUUAAAUAUGCUUUUUUUUUUUUUCCAUAAUUUUUUGGGCUUGUAGGAUGGUAACAUAGAAUUUUUUUUAAUUUUUUUUUCGUUUUUAAGCAAAAGCUAUUGUAGCCAUGAAGCAUUACUAGAAUGCGCGUUCUAAGUGUAAUGUAAAUAAGCAGGCUCUUAUCAUUUUACAUUGAUUUAGAACUAGCACUGACGUGCCUGGAAUUGUGUAAUUAAAUCCUUUCUGGUUAUAGAUUUCGUUGCUUGUUUGACUUUUUUUAAUUUAACAAUUCUUGGGGUUUUCUCUUUUUGACCAUAUUGGAGAAAGGGGAGGGGGAGGGAUAAGGGCAGCGGCCCACUAGCAAUGGGUCUUUCAGAACACUU